AUCUUUCUCCCCCAUCAUGUCUAUUCAGGCUCAGGAUUUCCAGGCGACCUCCCUCGCAGACUGGGCCCGCUCGGACCAGUACCACAACAGCUUCCUCCUCCCGGCCGACACCGUGCUCGACAACGCGCUCAAGAACAGCGCGGCGCAUGGCUUGCCGGACAUCGCUGUGAGCGCGGCACAGGGAAAGUUCCUGUCUCUGCUCGUCCGCUCGAUCGGCGCAAAGAAGAUCCUGGAGGUGGGAACGCUGGGCGGGUAUUCGACGAUCUGGCUGUGUCGGGCGCUGCCCGAUGACGGGAAGCUAGUCACACUCGAGCUGAGCCCGAAACAUGCCGCAGUCGCAGUCGAGAAUCUGACCGCCGCGGGACAAUCGUCCAAGGCCGAGGUCGUCGUUCACUACAUUCCGUACCCACGGAAUGUAGUGGUUGGGCCAGCCCUCGAGUCCAUGAUCGCCAUGAAACCUGCUCCCGGGGAACUGUUCGAUUUCAUCUUCAUCGACGCCGACAAGCCUGGGAACAAAGCUUAUUUCACGGAAGCCAAGCGCCUGGUCCGCAAGGGCGGUGUCAUCAUCGUUGAUAACGUGGUGAGGUACGGGCGUGUUGGGAACCCUGAUUACUCCGAUCCGAUGGUUGAAGGUGUCCGAGCGCUAUUGGAAGCUGUCAAGGGCGACCCCGAGGUUGACGCUACGACCAUCGGAACGGUCGGGGACAAAGGAUACGACGGUUUCAUGUACAUGGUCCGUCAAUAGAUUAGAAAAGGCGAAGAUGCCGCAUCGUUUCUUGUGAUUGCAAAGUAAAGAGAUCUCCGAACAGUCACGGACAGGGUGCUCGGUACCCUUCGUCCAGAGCUGCAUUAGUGCUCACUGCCGAGCGUCUGAUUUUUCGUCAUGGCUGCCCGUCAAAGAGAACCGUUGCGGCAGUACAGCGUAAAUUUCAAAACACAGCAGGCCAGGGUCCAGAACACCAGUCCUCCUGGAACAACCCUGGUACUACCCUCUCUCCCACGGUUACAGUACUUCGCGUAUUUCCCUGGAGGGGGGUCUGCUCACGAUCAAGGAUUAAGAGCCAGCGCACGAAAUCAAACAUGGGACGCAAAUCCUCCACUCGGCUCAACGGGCGGUGGCUGCUACGACCAACGGCAGUGUCCCGCUAAACCUAACCCCGAUAAUCAAGCCCAUGCAACGGGGGCUAUCCUACUAAAAGAGGACACAGAGAGCUCGAGGAAUAUUUUAGUAUGUCCCGCCGGGCCCAAC